AUGCCAGGUCUACGACAACUUGGAAUCGGUAAAUCCUUCAAUGCGGCAGCUCGAGAGGCUAAACGGGACUACAAUAUUCGACGAAGGGCUAAUAGUGGAAGCAGAGUGGAACCAUCUACUUCUCGCCAUUCUGACGCUCAAAACGACUCAUACGGCGAUGCAUCACGUUCCAGAAGGCAGAUCGAGUACCAAAAUCAUUAG